AUUCAAACCCUCCUUAUUACUCUAACAGACAUACACAGAGAGAGAGAGAGAAAUCCCCAAUUCAAACCUCAAAAAUUCCCAAUUCUACUAGAGAGAGAGAGAGAGAGAGGGCCUUGUUUGGGUGAAUUAGGGUUUCGGAAAGAGGCGUCGAUGGCGUUUGUGAGGUGGGAGGAGGUGAACGUGUCGAACGACAGAGGGAGGAGAGAGGUUCAUUACUAUCUGAAACGAAGGGAUGGGACAUCAGAUCUGGUUGUUAUAGGUAAAGAGAAGAGUUUGAGGCACAUGUCUUAUCACUACGCUAUUCGAGAUCGAUCUCUUCUUUCGAUUUUACCUUCUUCGUCUCUCUUCAAGCUCAGAUCUCGAAGAGAAGUUAUUGAUUGGUUGAACUCCAUCGUUCCAGAUUCGCCUCCUCAUCAGUCAUCAGAAGCCAUUUGUGGUUCUUUGGAUAGCAAAGAUCAUUGCAAGUUGAAUGUAGAAACUUUGAAGGAUGUUCAAUCAAAGAAGCUUGGCCAUCAUACUGCAGAGUUUGUGUGGUUAGGUUCUCCAUGGACUUGCAGGAAAAGGCGGAGUCAUUAUCAGUCAUUUUGCCGGAAUGGUAUUAAAAUUUCUGUUAAUGAGUUCGUAUAUGUUUUGGCUGAAGAAGACAAACGACUUGUUGCCUAUUUAGAUGACUUGUACGAGGACUCUAGAGGCAACAAGAUGGUUGUGGUACGAUGGUUUCACAAAAUUGAUGAGGUUGGUAUUGUUUUGCCUCCAAAUUAUAAUGACAGAGAGAUUUUCUUUUCUCUUUGUCUUCAAGAUCUCAGCAUUGAGUGCAUAGAUGGAUUGGCUUCUGUCCUGAGUCCCCAGCAUUAUCAGAAAUUUCUGAAUGAAGCUACUAAACAGAGUCUGUUCGAGCCAUUCUUAUGCCACCGACAGUUUGACAAUGAUGAUGUCAGGCCAUUCGACAUUACUCGUAUUAAAGGCUAUUGGAGACAAGAAAUACUCAGAUAUAUGUAUACAAUUCCCCCUUCAAAAGAACCUGUGAAGUCUCUGCCAUCCGACUUUGAUUUGAAGGUGGAAAGAAAUCUUGGUGGAGUUGGAAUCAGACCUAAGAAGAGACUUCGGCGGUCAAAAGAUGGUGACCUAUAUUCACAUCCUGCAAAUAAACAAGAGUCUUUGUCCCCAUGUUUGGAGGUUGAUUUUGAUGACAGUUCGGUUGGCUCCAAAGGUGGACCCGAUAUGUGCACUCCGAAGGAUGACUACUUAGCUGCGUGUAGGUCUGUAAAGCAGUCUGUCGUGCAAAAGCCUCCACAACAUUUAAACGUAGGCUCUCAAGUUGAAGUGCUGUCACAGGACAGUGGCCUCAGAGGAUGUUGGUUUAGAGCACUUAUCAUCAAGAAGCACAAAGAUAAGGUCAAGGUUCAGUAUCAAGACAUCAAGGAUGCUGUUGAUGAAGCUAAAAAUCUUCAGGAAUGGCUUGUAGCUUCCAAGGUAGCAGUUUCUGAUCCAUUGGGACUCCGGACUUGUGGAAGGACAACUAUUAGGCCAUCCCCACCAUCCAAUAAGGGCAAAGUUCCAGUGAUUGUAAAUUCUGGGACUGCUGUGGAUGUUUGGUGGCAUGAUGGAUGGUGGGAAGGAAUUGUACGUCAGAAAGAAACUGAGGAUAAAAUUCAUGUUUAUUUUCCAGGAGAGAAGCAAGAAGUGAUCUUUGGUUGCAGUGACUUGAGACAUUCACAAGAAUGGUUGGAAAAUGGGUGGGAACAUAUUAAAGAAAGACCAGAUAUUGUGUCUUCAAUAUUAUCUGACCAAGAAAUGAAGCAAAUUACAGUUAAUAAAACUCCCGAUGUUGAACCAGAAAAAACUGGAAUGUGUGAUAUGAGACAGCUUGUUUCAUUCGUAAAGGAGGAAGCUCGAUGUAGCAAAUCCCGAAUGGACUCUGUAGCGGUGGACAAGGUAAAAGAGUUAAAAGUGGUCCGCGAUCUUUCAAAAGAUGCGCUGCUUGCUCAAUUGAAAUGGAAGUCAUCAGGAAAGAGAAGGCGGGGUGAUAAAACUAGAAGCAGCCCGGAAGGUGUGGGAAUGCGUAGUUUUGACAGUUUCUUCAUUCCUAAAUCCUUGAAAGUUGAUCAUGACAAUUGCAAGUACAUGGGGGAUUCUCCGUUCAGUUCUUCAGUUGUUCCUAUAACAAGCUUGGUGAUGUCAAGGUGAUGGCUGUCCCGAUCGGAAUGAUGACAUCCAUCAUCCUUUUUCCUGGAAGGUUUUAAUUUAAUAAUCCUUAGGUGAUUUAGUUGUUUUUAGAUGUAAAUGUAUUCUUGUUGCAUCAAUUGAUGCAAGCUUUAGGUUAGGAUUUAGUGACUAACCAAUGUUUAAUUGCUUGAAAGGAAGCAUUUUAGUCCCUCUCUUUUCUUUUUUUUUGCCUUUUCUUUUUGUGUAUCUAAUAAUAUAUGUAAACAGUUGAGCUUGAAAGGAAGGACCAAGUAGCCCAGAGAACCAUGGGCAGCAGUUUUGAAUGCCAAUAUGAAUAUAAUAACAUUGUGGAGCCCCGCUUUCCUCAAUUGUGUC